AUCUUCUUUCCUCCAGGGGGAGGGAGAGAUGGAGUUUGAGGAGGAGACCAUGGAGGAGGAGUUCGGCGUGUUGACCAUCCAGGAGGUCACGCGGGCUCACGCCGGACGCUACCAGUGCAUCGCCGAUAACGGCAUAGCGCCCCCUGCCAGUGCGGAGGUGGAACUGGUGGUGUGCUUCGGGCCCGAGAUCAAGAAGGGGGUGCAGUGGAGCAAGGUGGCCAGCAGGGGGGACGGCUCCGUGGAGGCGGAGGUGCUCUGCAGGGCGGAGGGCAUCCCCCGGUCAGCUUCUCCUGGGACAAAAACAACGUGCCAAUGGACUUCGAGAACCCCCGGUACGCAGAGCGCACGGUGAGGGACGGCUCGUUCUCCACCAGCACGGUGGUGGUGCUGAACGUCAGCGCGCUGCUGGACUACGCCCUGUUCACCUGCCACGCCAGCAACGCCCUCGGGGAGGACAGCCUGCAGAUACAGCUGGUCAGCACCAACCACCCGGACCCCCCCUCGUCCGUGGGCCUGGUGGGGGUCUCCUACAGCUCCGUCACCCUGGAGUGGAUCCCGGGCUUCAACGGAGGUCUGGCCCAGAGCUACCGUAUAAGGUACCGGGGGCCCCACAGCGACAGCUUCACCUACGUGGACGUCUUCCCUCUGUCCACCGCCGUGUACACCGUCACCAACCUGGCGCCGGGCACCACCUACAACUUCUCCAUCGCCGCCCUGAACGCCAUCGGAGAGAGCGGCUACGAGGACGCAGCGUCGCUGGUCGCCACCACCGACGAUUGGUUUGUGGAGGACCGGGCUGGCUCAGGUGAAGACACAGGACCUUCUGGCAUCCCGAUGUACCUGACCUCGACGCUGAGCGCUGUGGCCGUGGUCCUGCUGGCCUCCAACGCGGUGGGCUGCGUCCUGGGCUGGAGAUGGAGACAGAGGCGCCUGCACACUGGGAGAAGCACAACGUCGGACCAGAGCAGUGUGUUGGAUGAGAAAAAGAGCGAGGCGGCCGGGUCUGGGGGCACCGCGGGGGACGGCUCCGGGCGCUACGAGAGCCGGGAGAAGAUCAACGCCGCCGCCAGGCGGACGCUCAUCACCGACUCUGGAUCCGAGACGCAGAGCAACGUCUACGAGAGCUAUGGCGCGGAGAGUCAAAACUAUUACCCUUUAAGAGACUAUCGUCCACAGCUCCAACCCUACGCUGAGGAGACGCACAGGCCGGGUGAGACUGCACACUACAGGACUGAUCACGUGCACUAUCCCGUGCACUAUCCCGGUGAGCCUCCUGGUCAUGAGUAUGAGACGGUGAGAGAGUUUGGUUGGAGACCGGAUGUGCCAGAGACCCCCGCCUUGUUUCAUCCACCGGACCCUCCAGGCUGUCCUCAGGGGAGCAGAGGACUGCGUAGGCCGGCUGACGACGGGUUGACCUCCAGGGAUUAUGAAUUGCCCUUUGAACUCCGAGGGGAGCUGGUCUAAUGUUGACUCAUUACUCAGUGAAGUAUUAUAAUGCAGUGUCGAUUUGUCAAUAAAGGCAGAGUAUUGUACAAUACGAUAUUUGUAUGUUUAUUUUUUCUCUUGGAAAUAGAUCACGCACUUAAUUUAUAUGCAUAUUAUUCAUAUGCAUGUUUAAUGCCAAUUCUCUGAAACAGCUUUUAUAAUGUUGUAUUAGUUGAAAAUAGUCAUGCACUUCACUCUCAAACAUCUAUCCUAGUUCUCAUAUUUACCUUUGUCUAUUGCUGAGUUUCAAAUAUCAUAUGUUCCUUUUUGUAUUUACCAACUAGAUUUCCCUCCUCAGCUGAAUAAAGGGAUAUUAAAAAGGU